GCCCAUCCUGCAAGUUUUGUUCACCAGUACGAAAGAUGAAGCUAAGCCUCACUCCAAAACUCUCAACCUUCCUUAAACCCUCCCUUGCGUCUACUCCCCUCCGUCGCUCUCUUUGCUCUUCUUCACCAUCACCACCACCACCACCCAUUUCUCUAAAACCCCAAACCCCUCUCUUUCUGAGACCACCCAUUCACUCAGCCACCUCCUCAGACCUCCAGCAAUGGCAGGACUGGGCCAAAACCCUCGCUUCCUCAGUUGGGUCGACCUUCGCCAACUCAGACAACGGCCCCGACUCGACCCUUUUGCUCAGAGAGCUCAACUGGCUCGUAGACGACGCAGUUCAACAAGGAAUCGAAAAUGGUCAAAGAAAGAUUAGAUUGAGAGUGAGUCUGGAGGAGCUGUACUUGUUGUGGAAGCAGAGGAUUGAAGAGAGGAAGCCCUUUCAGUACAUUGUUGGGUGCGAGCAUUGGAGGGAGCUGGUGCUGUGUGUUCAAGAAGGGGUUUUGAUUCCGAGGCCGGAGACUGAGCUCAUUGUGGAUUUGGUGGGUGAUGUGGUGAAGGGUGAGGAGGGUUUACGAGAGGGUUUGUGGGCAGAUUUGGGGACUGGGAGUGGGGCUAUUGCUAUUGGGAUUGCCAGGGUUUUGGGGACUGGUGGUGGCAGAGUCAUUGCAACUGAUUUGAGUCCCACUGCGAUUUCGGUUGCGGGGUUUAAUGUGGAGAGGUAUGGUUUGCAGGAUGUAGUGGAGCUAAGGAAAGGAUCUUGGUUUGACCCAUUAAAGGAUGUGGAAGGUAAACUUGCGGGGUUCGUAAGUAAUCCACCGUACAUACCAAGUGACAAUAUCUCGGGGCUACAAGCUGAAGUUGGAAGACAUGAACCCAGAGUUGCACUGGAUGGCGGUGUUGAUGGCAUGGAUGAUCUCUUACAUCUUUGCAAAGGGGCUGCUUCCAUUUUGAAACCUGGUGGAUUUUUUGCUUUUGAGACAAAUGGUGAGAAGCAGUGCAAGUAUCUUGUGGAGUACAUGGAAAAUGAGGCUAGAGGCAGCUUUUGUAAUUUGAGUAUAAUUCCUGAUUUUGCGGGUAUUCAUAGAUUUGUUACCGGAUUCCAUAAAUAACUCCAGAUUCCUGUAUUGGCUUUCAAGAGUAUAAAAAGAAGUAUCCAAAAGUGUUAUCCAGUCUGCUGUCUGCACCAGUUAAAAUAGAAUGCAAUUUGAAAGAAGCUUGCAUCAUA